GCUGUACGUUACAGAAAUACAUUUGUCUGUUUGUGUUAGUGUGCAGCAGUGAUAUGAUCUUAUUGUGAUUGUAUAAAUGAUGGUGAUUAUGGAAAUCACGGAAAAAUGGAUGAUGACGAUAACGAAUUUUUCCUUGGAUGUAGACUAUAACUUGCUUCCUCCGCCAUCAAGUCCAUGCAUCUGCAACAAGUAACUGGCUAACCUUUACGAUUGGGCCGUCCUAUCCACUUUGCUCUCUACUGGGAUAAAUAUUGGAAUUCUAUCCUGAAAAUUUCAAGAUGACAUACAGAACAUAGCUCAUUUGCUAAAACACAAAUAGUCCAGUAGUCAUAGAUAACUUGUUUUUGGUCUCUACUUGAUGUUAACAGUUUGCUAUUUUAAAAAGAUUUUUGAUUCUAUCAACUAUUUGUUUACAACCAAUAUCGUUAUUUAUUUUGCAUUUGAAAAUAAUUUUUAAUCUUCUGGCAGCAUACUUGACUUUGAAUUUCGGCAUCCAGGUUAAAAGUAGUAAAAUUGCUGACUUUAUACAGUCAUCCAUCAGACUAUGACUAAACUAUAGCACUCGCAAUCAGCAGUGAAAAUCUUUUUGUGAUUACUCUUGUAAAUUUUUCACAAAUAACUUAAUCGUGAGAUACGAAAUGGGGAAUUCACUUCCAAGAACAAAAAUUUUUAUGAAAAGGCCGACAAAUACGGAAGGAGUAGAAGCUGGCAGAAAUGUUGAUCGGCAAGCUCAAGCCACAGAAGAAAUGUACAAGCUUGUGAAGCCUCCUAAUGAUGCUGCUGGUCAAAAACGUGGAACUCUUGUUGAAGCAACAGCUAAAGCAUUUAAUGAGAAAAACUUUGAAGGUCUUGAUAAUUUAAUCAAAGAGGAACUAGAAGACUAUUUGUAUAAUGAUGGAGAAGGAUUUGAAUUUCCAAUCAGUAGACUUGUGGAAAUGCGAAACGCAGAACGAGGAAAACAAAUUGUUGCAAAAAAGCAAAAAGAACGACAAAUAUCAUUAAGAUCAUCUAUCAGACAAUCAAUUACUCACGAGGAAGAGGAAGUUAGUAAGGAUUUCAAGUCAUCAAGCAAGGAUACAAGGUUCUGUUGUUGGAGAGUUGACAAGCGGGGUGCAGUUGGUGAAACUAUUUUACAUUUAUGUUUUCUCAACAACACAAGAGUGCAUUACAUUCUUGCUGAGCAUUUAAUAAGGAUUUAUCCUAACUCAUUGCAUGAUAUAUACCACAGUGAAGAAUAUUAUGGGGAGUCUGUUCUCCACAUGGCAAUUGCUAAUGAGAAUAUACCAAUUCUGAAACAAAUGUUGGAAUAUGGGAAAAAGGUUGGUUUGAAUCUGCAAGAACGUUGCUAUGGUAACUUCUUUUGUCCUGACGAUCAGAAAGCAACUCGAUGUGACGAUAUUAACAGUGAAGUUGUGGUGGUUGAUUAUGAUACGGAUUAUAAAGGGCACACAUACUGGGGAGAAUUGCCCUUAUCAUUUGCUGCAUGUCUUGGUCAGCCUGAAGCAGUCAAACUACUAGUUGAAUAUGGAGUUGAUAUAUUUGCUUUUGACAGUAAUGGAAAUAAUGUUCUUCAUAUGCUGGUUAUUCAUAAUAAGAAGGAUAUGUUCAAUCUUGCAUAUCGUCUCAGCAAAGAAAAUCCACAACCAGGAAAGAAUUUACUAGAGAGCAGAAACAGGCAAGGCUUCACUCCAUUAACACUGGCAGCCAAACUUGCAAAUAAGGAUUUAUUUGAUCACAUAUUGGAACUGAAGAGCAGCACACUGUGGGCGUAUGGUCCAGUUACUUGCAAAGAAUACAAUCUAUGUGAUCUUGAUACAAUUGAUUCAAAAGAUGGCUCAAUCAACAGUAUGUCAGCUCUGAACAUUGUUUUGGCGCAAGACAGCAGGCAUCAUUUGGAUAUGUUGGACGGACUACUAUAUCAGCUGUUACACGACAAGUGGAAAUCUUACGCAAAAAUCCGUUUUUAUAGAAGGGCUGGUGGAUUCUUUAUUUACAUGGUGUUGUUGAUAACAGCAGUGUACCUGCAACCAGGAAAUACUGUGCCCAUAACAAGUCCGGGUCUCAAUAUUUACAACCAGAACUGUUCAAUACAAACAUUUGCAACAGCAACAGAUUAUGCAAGGACAGUGAUUGAAAUCAUUGUUUAUUUUCUUGCUGGUGUCUUCAUCUAUUUUGCUAUAUCAGAAAUCAGGUUUCAGGGUCUCAGGUUAUUUGGAUGGACAUUAUACAAUGCACCAACAAAAGCAGGAUUUCUAUUUUCAUGUGUCUUGGUUAUCAUCGUGUUGCCAUGCCGACUGACAUGCUCUGUUGCUGCCGAAGAUAUUUUGAUAUCUUUAGUUAUCUGUACUUGCAUUCCAUAUUGUCUCUUCUUCUGCAGAGGAUUCAAGCUUGUUGGACCAUUUAUUGUGAUGAUUUAUAAGAUGAUUGUUGGAGAUUUGCUUAUAUUUCUCAUCAUUUACUCCAUAUUUUUACUUGGUUUUUCACAAGCAAUGUUUGUUAUAUUUCGUGGAACUCCGCAUGAAUUUUUCAGUGACUGGUUUGAGUCUAUCAUGGUAAUGUUUCUGAUGACACUGGGCGAAUUUCAAGACACUUAUGAAACAUUUGAUACUGCAAGGAACCCGUCAGCGCCGAAGGUUUUGUUCUUGUUCUACAUGGUAUUGGUUUAUAUCUUGCUGUUGAACAUGUUGAUUGCUAUGAUGGGGAAUACAUUCAAUAGAAUUGCAGAAACACAGAAGGAAUGGCAGAGACAGUGGGCUAAGAUUGUUUUGGUGAUGGAACAGUCAGUUUCUCCUUCAAAACGUAAAAGUAAGCAACGAAGAUAUUCACAGCCUACAGGUGAAGAUGGAAAAGAAAGAGCCCUAGUGAUAAGAACACGAACUAAGGCAACUGGAGAAGAAGAUGAGAAUACAAUGCGUCAAUACAUCAAUAAAUUUCAAAAAAAUAAAAAAGUUGUUGAGUCUGAAUCGAGUACGCCUUCCCCAUCACCAGCGAAUGAACAAUCGUCAAAUAUGAUUUGAAUAUUUUGAAACUUCACUUGUCACGUUUAUACAAGGUGUAAGUAUGCAAGUAAUGAAGAAAUUUUUAAGAUGUUUGGAAUCUUGAUAUUUCCUAUUGUUAAUUUGGAGACAUUAAUUAUUGAUAAAAAAUGAUACUUUCCAGCAUAGUUUCUUAUCAUCCUUGAAUAGAGUAUUAUGACUCCAACUGGAAGAUCCAAAAUUGAAAAAUAGAAAUUAGUAUUGAAUUUCAAAUAGGAUUGUCAUGAUUACUGUGAUAUUGGUCAAUUUUUACCAAUCAAAGUACAAUUUAGGUUUUGUUUAUGUUGUAAUUAUGUACACAAUUAUAUAAAAUAUUUUAAAAGGGAUUUUACGAUGACAGUGACUAUUCUAUGGUCUCCGCAUCAUUUUAUACCGUAUAAGUCACCUGCCCAAAAAUCUGUCCUAAUAUAAGUUUCAUUUCAUUGAUCUAGGCUUCCAAGGUGUUUGGAUUUUUGUAUUGCACUAUUUUAUACACCUCAUUCUUGCACAAAUGUCUGUUAAAUGUUUCCUGUUUUGGUUUUUUCUAUGUUUACGGCCUGUGAUGUGAUUCAAACAGACUCUUUUUUGUAUCAAACUUACUAACGAAAACUUUCCUCAUUUUACAAAACCGUGCCAAACCUACGGUAAAUUGCUUUAAGAACAAUCAGGUUGGCUGAUUAUCAAAAUAUUCCAACAAUGCGCUCAAGUGAACCCCCCAGUAAAAUACAAAUUCCACCUCUUCUGACAACCCACCUGAAUAAUUGUCUAUAGUAUUAGUCUAUUGCAGUUAUUAAAACAUCCUAAAAUGGUUACAAAUUUCCUUUUCAAUUUUUUAAUGUAUUAUCCUUGACUUAUGGUUUUCUCAGGCAUUGCCUCAAUUUCGUUGUAAGGUAAAUCAGGUGAAAAAGUAUUUCACACUUACUAUAUUUUUUAUAAUUCUUUUUAAUAUUUUUAGUAUAUUGCACUUAUUAGUUACACAUAUGCAUACACUAUAUUUGCACUACUUUUAAAUUGUUAAUGUUAGUACCAUAUUAUGAUUACUAGAGCCAGGCAAUUAACGAUAUCUAAUAAACCUUAAUUCCGGAAAAUAAUGAUUCUUUAUGAAUGUCAUUGACUUAUAUUAAAGUAAAACUGUAUUUCAAGGAAGAAUAUUUCAUAUUUAAUUGCCAAUUAUUAAAGUAUUUAUACAUAGUUUAUGCUCAUUACAAAAUUUAAUUACCACAAUAAAAAAAACCUGCCCUAGAAAAUUAAGCUCAUAGCCUCUUCCUUGAUUUAUACAGCAUUUUUUGAGUCGUCUGCCAAUAUUUCAAUACUCACAUAUACAUGAAUCUUCUGUAAAAGUAGACCAGUGGUUCCCAACUUUUUAUGACUCGUGGCCACCUUCCCAUGGCUUUUAGGACCCAUAGCCCUCUGUUUAUCAUCUCAGUCGUAUUUAUAGUUUUUUUUAUGAUUGGAGUAUUCAUAAUCUUAUUAGAACAAUUCAUGCUCAACAAAGUGAAAACACCCUGUAAAAUAACCUUAUCAAGCAAUGAAACUAGGAAGAACCGGGAGUUUUCUUGUCAAGAGAAAGGAUAAAAUCAUUGUUGCGCCUAGCAUUGUGGACCCCUUCGACCGCGCUGUGGCCCCUUCAGGGGGGUGGGGGCAUGGACUCGUGGUUUGAAACCACUGUUUUGAAUGUUAAAUCUUUGGUAAAACGCAAUUUAUUAGGAUAUGAUGAUCGGUGUUAAAUAUAUAAAAUUGUCUAAUCUACUGCAAUGGAAUUGCAAUAUUGUCAAAUUGCACCACAAAGUUGAGUGACCCAUUGUGAAAUUCUCUGAUUAUGCUCACACUUACUGACCCAUUUAUUAAGAUCGUGACAAAAUGUAAAGUAUUAUUUGUGAAAUUCUAUUAAUCACGACAGAGAAAGCUCAUCUUUUCCAACAAAAACUUUGAAAAAUUCCACAAAUAUUUAUCUGUUAUACUAUUACAUAUUUCGUAGGCAUUAUGCACCCUUAACGUACGAGUAUUUCUUGUGAAUUUUAUUUUAAUGCACCAUCUGUUUUACAAUAAUAUAAAUUAUAGUUCUUG